AUGAAUAAAAUAGUACCACUUUUUCCUAGCAAUGCCUUACCCAGUUCUUCUGAUUCUAAUCAACCUGCAGAUAUUAGAGAAUUAAAAAUUAUAACAAAUUAUCGAGAAACUGGUACCGAUUCGAAAUAUGAAGUUAAAACAAACCAGGGAAAUAUUAAAGGCUUUUCUGAAACAGAUGCAAAUGGUUCAACCAAUCAGCUUUAUAUGGUUGGCCCAUUAGGAACUCCAGUUAGUUUAAACAAUCAGGGAUCUGUACCGGUUUCGCAAGAUAUUACAAUUCACUCAAACAAUCAAAUAGCCAUAUCUGCGGUAAACGCUCUUGUAGUCAAGACUGUCGAACCAGCACCCUAUACAAGUGCAACAACGCUUAUACCUCUUCCAGAUAAACCAUAUACUGUAGCAACACUUCCAAGCGAUCCAUUCAACUUUUCAUACUUCCAGCAGCACGUCAAAAGUAAGCUUUGCUACAAUUCGGAUCCUAUCGACACAGCUAUGGUCACCAAAUCUCAAGAUCGUGUCGCAUACUGGGCUGAAAUAUGGACACUAAUGGAGUAUAGAUCGGUGAAAACGGAAGAAAGGCCAUAUAAAGGUGAAUCUGUGGGUGGUCAAGUUGUUGGCAAUCUAUUCGAUUUGAAAGAUUUACCAAUUCAAACACCUCAAACUGAUAUCGAAGGGACUCGCGAGACAUCAUGUCCACUAGUUAACACACAACGUAAAGUUAUAUGUAGUCAGUGUAAUGGAAAAGGUAAACAACAGUGUGCUUCUUGUGCUGGACAGGGGCACUUAAUACCUUGUGGAUGUGGAAAUGACACACAAUGCUCGACUUGCCAUGGUACAGGUAAUUUGAACUGUACUAAAUGUGUAGGAGCUUGUUUCCUUCUCCGAUGGGAAGUGUUGACAAUCAAGUGGGAAACAAUACAGACGGUAUCCCCUUAUCAAAAUACAUUUCUACCAAAAAGGAAGAUUCGCUUUCGACCUAAGAAAAAAGUUUUUUUCGAUGCAGAUCAUGACUGGACCAAUCACAUAUUUUUAACAAACUAUCCUGAUCUAUACGAAACAAUUGCCACACAUACUCCUCCAGACAUGGCAAAAAAAUUCGGGCAAGAUAUUCAAAAGCAAUAUCAAACACAUUAUGCUAGAUUGAAACCUUCAACGAUAAUGCGUAAAAUGAAAAUUUUAAUUAGACAAGUUAAUAUUAUCGAAGUAGAUUAUCAACUUGAAGGUUAUACCAAUAAAAAUGGAACACAUAAGGGUACUAAUACUUUUAAUUAUUUGGUAUAUGGUUGCGAAGAAAAUGGUAAAGCAAUGAUCUAUGAAAAUAACUAUCCUCUUAACUGCUGUGGUUGUUUAGGUCCAAAAGCUGCCUGUCGAUGUAACUGCUCCAUAUCAUAA